AUACUGUGAAUUUGGAAAGCACGCGGACGGGGGAAGAGAUGUACAAUGGUGGAAUCUGACCUAAUUCAGAGAAUCUCCAGAAUUUGAAUUGGGUUUUUUUUUUUGUGGAAUUGGAAGACAUUGAUGGAGGGAGCAAUUCAUCUCAAUAUCGCAUUUGCAUUCAAUAAAUUUUGAUUUUCUGUUGAAAUUUCUCACACUUUUUGUUGGGUUGGGAGGUGUGAUUUGUGGGUUUGGAUCAAAGGUUGGGUUUUGGAUUUGGAUUUGGGGGAGUUUUCAGACUUCUGGGUUUUGAUUUGGUUUUCGUCUGUAAUCGUUUUCAUACUUUUUGUUUAGUUUUUUCCACAGAUGAUGUUGGGUUUUCGCGAUUGAAUUGCGUGUUGGCUUAGAUCGAAUGUUUGUUUUUCCUUUUUCAGAAAAUUUGGCUAGUGGUUCUGCUUUUAUGGAUUGAUUUGUACCAGUUUUGGAAAAGAAUUGUGGGUUUGGUAAAGGAGGAGGGAUUGAUUGGGGGAGUUGUUGAGGCGUUCUCCAAUUGGGGUCUGCAGAAAAACUUGUGGGUUUGUGAAUGUGAGGGUUUUCUUUGGAGAUGAAAGGCGAAGCGGCAGAAGUACAAUGACUGGAGGGUUGUUGGGUUUACGUAGUGGAAGUUAUGGGUCUCUGCAACAUCUUCAAAAUGGUGCGUUUCAUCCUCAGCCUCAAUUUGUUGGGCGCAAACCUUCAAAGAUGUUACCUUCUGGUUCUAGGGAAAAGGAAAGGCUUCUUCCCUAUCUUUUCAGAUUUUUGAGUCGCAGAAGGGUUGGAAUGCUUAUUUUGGUUGGCUUUGCCUUUUUGGUAUUCUUAUCAGGUUUCUCAACUGUCAGUAAAGAUGAUGCACCGGAAAGCAAUAGUGUGAGCAUUACCCAGCAUAUCCAUCACAUAAAUCCUUAUGACAAUGGGGAAUCUGAUCAAGAUCUCCCAUUUUUUUUGCCGAGGAUAGAAGUCAAGCAUAAGGAUAAUGUUGAUUAUAUACCAAGCACUGUGACAGAAAGUGGAGAAAAUAAUGCCCACCGUCCUCCCCUUCCUCCUAGCACUUCUGCUGUUGCAGCUGUUAUAGGGUAUACCCCUCCAUUGCACCAUCCAUGUGAAAAUUUUGCAUUUCCUCCACCUCCUCCACCAGAUAGGAAACGGAUUGGACCACGCCCAUGUCCAGUGUGUUACAUUCCAGUGGAGCAGGCUAUUGCUAGCAUCCCAAGCUCCUCAUCCCCAUCACCUCUGCUUAAACAGUUAAAUUAUGUUCAUGAGGAAAACCCAAUUAAAACUGAACCACAUGGAGGCUCUGAAUUUGGUGGAUAUCCUUCACUAAAACAGAGGAAUGAUUCCUUUGAUAUAAAAGAGUCGAUGACUCUGCAUUGUGGAUUUGUCACAGGAAGUAAGCCUGGUCAUCAUACUGGAUUUGAUAUCGAUGAAGCUGAUCUUAAAGAGUUGGAGCAGCCUCAUGAAGUCAUUGUUGCAUCUGCUAUAUUUGGAAACUAUGACAUUAUACAACAGCCCAGGAAUGUUAGUGAAGCUGCCAGGAAAAAUGUCCCCUUUUAUAUGUUUAUUGAUGAAGAAACAGAAGCAUAUAUGAGGAAUUCUAGUGUCUUGGACAGCAGUAAGAGGGUUGGAUUAUGGAGGAUCAUUCUUGUACAUAACAUUCCAUACACUGAUGCAAGACGCAAUGGAAAGAUUCCAAAGCUUCUAUUGCACAGAAUCUUUCCCAAUGUCCGGUUUUCCAUAUGGAUUGAUGGAAAACUUCAGCUUCUUGUGGAUCCAUACCAAGUUCUUGAGAGGUUCUUAUGGCGUCAAAAUGCUAGUUUGGCAAUCUCAAGACAUUAUAGGCGCUUUGAUGUGUUUGAAGAAGCUGAAGCUAAUAAAGCUGCAGGGAAGUAUGAUAAUGUCUCCAUUGAUUACCAGAUUGAAUUUUACAAAAAUGAGGGUUUAACACCUUAUUCCGAGGCUAAGCUUCCUAUAACUAGCGAUGUUCCUGAAGGUUGCGUGAUUGUAAAGGAACAUAUCCCCAUUACAAAUCUUUUUACCUGUCUAUGGUUCAAUGAAGUUGAUCGCUUUACUUCCAGGGAUCAGUUAAGCUUUGCCAUAGUGAGGGACAAAAUAACGGCACAAGUUGAUUGGAACAUCAGCAUGUUUUUGGAUUGUGAAAGACGAAACUUUGUAUAUCAGGCAUACCAUAGAGAUUUACUGGAGCACAUGGCUCCCCCACCACCUGUGGUACAUCCACCACCUCGAGAUGUGGUGAUCCCAGGCAAUCGUCGAGGUGCGGUCAUCCCUGAAAAUGUGGCUGGAAGGACCCCUGCAAGGAAGAACCCCCCCAAACGUGGAAGAGGAGAGAGGAGAUCUGGUUCAAGGCGUCACCGCAAAGUUGGCCCUGGCUUUAGGGAUAACAAUUCAAUUUGAGUAUAUUAGGCAACACAAAAUAAUUUUUGGUCUUUAAUUUCAAAUUUAUUCUUGAUGGGUUAGGAGGAUUUGGGCAGAUGAGUGCAAGUUUGAUUGAAAAUAGAGAAAAGAUGGUCCAAAUUUUUGUUUGGAAAGUGUCAAUAUCUAUUCAUUUUUGUUGUAAAUACUAAAUACCUCAAUUCUGAAUAAGCUUCAUACGAGUUAGCUUCAUUUUCUUGUGAUCUGGAAUGCUGUCAUGUUCCCUAUUUCCAUAUUUAUGAACUCAAAGAUACAAUCUCUCUUUCCCUUUAUGACACAAUAGAAGAGUGACAUUCUCAUUUA